AUGGCUGAAGCUGAAGCUGAAACUGGCUCCUCCUCGCGAGGCUGGCGAUUCUGGGCCAUUUUUCCGCCUCUUUGCAUAGCUACUAUGCUGACGGCGUUGGAAUCGACCAUCACCUCGACUUCUCUGCCAAUUAUCACUCAGGACCUGAACUCGGGCGACAACUAUGUGUGGAUCAUGAAUGGCUAUCUCCUCACAUCCACCGUCUUCAUUCCGUUCUACGGCCAGUUUUCCAUGGUGGUCGGUCGCCGCUGGCCCGCCAUGUUCGCUGUCGCCAUCUUCACGCUGGGGAGCGGCAUCAGUGGCGGCGCCAACAACACGCGAACGCUCAUUGCCGGCCGCUUAGUGCAAGGGCUUGGGGGCGCAGGCAUCAGCACCAUGGCAAACCUAAUAAUUAGCGACCUGGUCUCAGUGCGUGAGCGUGGUAGCUACCAGGGCAUUCUGUUCGCCGUGUUCGGCAUCGGCAUCGCCAUAGGCCCCAUCUUGGGCGGCGUCAUCUCGCAGACCGGCCACUGGCGUUGGGUUUUUUGGCUGAAUCUGCCCCUGGGCGGGCUGACUCUGAUAAUGCAAUUUUUCUUCCUGCGCAUCGAGGCCAAGGAGAAACAGUCGUUCCGCGAGCGGAUCAAGACUAUCGACUGGAUCGGCAACGGGCUGUUGCUGGCGUCGGUGCUCGCCAUUCUCAUUGCCCUAUCGUGGGCUGACACUCGCUAUCCUUGGUCCUCGUGGCACAUCCUGGUACCCCUGCUAGUGGGCUUUGCAGGCAUUGCACUGUUCCAUGUAUACGAGGCUAGUCGCUUCUGUGUUGCCCCCACCAUCCCACCGCGUCUGUUCGGCACGCGUACCAGCGCCUUUGGCCUGGCAAACACGUUCCUGUCCUCCAUCCUUGUGUACUGGCAGGUCUAUUUCCUGCCCCUAUACUUUGAAGGCGUGCAUCUAGCCUCCCCUCGCCGCGCUGGCGUGCUCCUACUGCCAACCGUCCUCAUCGGCGGUCCCUUUGCAAUCAUGGCUGGCGUGGCCCUCUCACGUUGGGGUCGAUAUAAGCCCAUCCACGUGUUCGGCUUUGUCUUCCUGACUCUCGGUACCGGUCUUUACAUCUACCUGGGUCCAUCCUCGUCACUAGCCCCGGCCAUCGUGUUCCAGAUCAUUGCCGGCGCCGGUGGCGGGGUCUUGCUCACCUCCAUACUGCCCUCCAUCCAAGCCGCCCUGCCGCAGUCGGAUGUUGCUCCAGCCACUGCAACCUGGUCCUACCUGCGCCAGUUUGGCGGGGUCUGGGGCAUUGCCAUUCCGGGGGCCAUAUUCAACAGUCGUUUUGCGGUACAUGCUGGCCACCAGAUCACCAGUGGGCCAGUCCGUGAUGCCCUCAGCGGGGGGAGUGCGUAUGCCCAUGUCGACAACACCUUUAUUGCAUCAUUGCCCGUGCAGACCCAAAUUCAGGUCAUCAACACGUACUCGGCGACAAUGAAAAACGUUUGGGAGGUGUGCUUAGCCUUUUGUGCCUUGCCUCUGCUGUUGUCGCUUCUGGAGAAAGAGAUCUCGCUGCGCACCACGGUCGAAUCAGACUAUCAGCUGAAGGGCUCCCAGCCGGUGUCUGACCCGGAGCGUUCAAGUGGAAGUGGCUCGUUGGUUCCUGCUGAAAAGGAACAGGUUGAAAAGACACAGGAAACGGCGGAGUAA